GUCUUUCAUUCAGCUGUGGAACAAAUGAGUUGAUAUGAGAAAAGCAAGACACUUUGUAUGUGUUGUGGCCCUUAUAAUCGUUCUGGUCGUACGUGGAACUUGGACAGUAAGACACGACACUUUCUGGGGAGAAAAAGGUUAGUAAUCAUUUCUUGUUUUCGCUUUUCAGGGCCUAAAAAAACGUAAAAAGACAUUAAUUUCUAGAAAAUAGAAAGUGACAAAGAGAAGUGACUUCAUCAAUAAGCUUGUAUCUCAAUGGGGAAUCUGUCAACAGCGGACAAAUUUUAAACUCUGACUUCAAAAUUUCGACUCGAAUCAAUGGCCUAGUUUUUCUUUUAAACUGCAAAUUUUGAAUUUGCUUCUGACCAUUCCUGUACUAGUUUGGUUAUGAAAAAAUCGUGUUAAAAAUUUGCUUGAAUAUAGAAGCUUUUACAAGGCAAAAUUCAGUUUGAUUUUGUAUAUUAUUUGGGGUUUACGCCGUUCGCUCACCCCAUGUUGUCGACGGUUUGUCGAAAACGAUGGCUGUGAUUUCUAAUAAUUUAUUAUGUCGAUACCUUGGGGGUACCAUUAGCUUGUUAAACAAAAAAACCUGUGUCUUACCGAGUCAUCCAAAUCAUUCCUUAACGGUUAAAACUGACUGAGAAGUCUCACGCAAUCGUCAAGUUCAGUUCACGUUGGUUUACACUUUGCCAGUUCGGCGAAAGAAGAAAUGGUUUGUAAAAUAUUUUUCAAAGCUUUAACUUUGAAAGAAAAAGAAGUUGUUCUCAAGUUAGGACUCACGGACUGCAUUUUAAAAGAUAAUAAUAAAAAAAAAAGCAUCAGAGUCGACGAUAAAAAAUCUAGGGAUACAAUUUUUUGCUGUAGCUCUUCUCGUCUUCUCCAAGGGAGGGACCCCGCUGAACAUGAUGUCGACGUCCUGCAGGCCUGGGUUUUAGUUAUUUAUUUCUCCUUGAUUUUUCUGUUAUCGUGGCUGUUUCAUACUUUAUAUUAUGGUAAAGAAGAAAUUGCGAAAGAAUAAAAACUGAUAAAAAAUUAUAAAUACAAUAAGUAAACUAAUAUGAGCGUGGAUGACAAAGUCAAGCACAGUGGGCUGUUGUUAGACGAGAAACAAGUUGUUUGAUCAUUCUGAUUCCAUUCCGGAAGUGUUUCCCAUGGUUUCGUUCGCGAUUUGGUGUUGUCAAAAUGCAAAUCGAAAACUGAAUGCAAUCUUCAAUCACUUUCAGCUGAGAAGACGGUUUAUACAAAUCUUCCAAAGCAUGACGAAGUAAAAGCGCUGUCACAUUACUGUGGCCGAACAUUAAAAAUUUGAGUCAUAUACGAGAGCAACUCAUUAAUAAUAAUUUGAAGAUAUCAUUCUUCUUCUCCUCUUGGGCGCGGUACCGUUUAUUGAAUGUCACGCAAAUUCUCUCCCAUUUUUUCGGGCGUCGAGGCCGAGGGUAGGGGACGGAGGGGGGGGGAGGGGAGGCGUUGUGUGAUAUUCCAAAAAAACGGUGUACGCGCGACUAAGCACUUUUGAACUCAGAGAUUGCGAUGGCGUUCAAAGACAAGACGGUGUAACAAAUCUAAUUUUUUGCUCCUUUUUGUUUCAGCGCCUCCUGGUUGUCAGCCGUGUCCUAAAAGUGAUGAAGGUCUGUUUGACACCCCAAUUUGUGGCAAGAAUGGAAUCGCUUACAAAAACUUUUGCUAUCUCACUUUAAGGAAUUGUAUCGCUAAGAUAUUGAAGAAGGAACCAGUUUUCCCCUCUAGUGAUCCGAAAACUUGUGGGUAAGAUUUUCGGCGGCAUUUGCUUUCUCAUAUUUGUUUACAUAAUUCUGGCACAUAUGCACUAAAUUCUUUCCCAUAACAGAUUUUCUUAUUUUCAUCAUCGUUAUUACCAUCGUUCGCAUCAACACUUAUUAUCAUCAUCAUUAUAAGUAUAGGUAAUAAGUAAGCGUGUAAUUUGAAAUUUCAAAACGAAAGAGAUUUUCUCCAAUUAUUAUUAUUAUUAAAUUAUCAUCAUCAUCAUCAUCAUUAAUGUCAUAAUCGUAUCGUAAUCAUUGUUAUCCAUAUCAUUAUUAAUGUCGUUAUCAUUAACGAUUCUGCCGAUCGUGAUCCUGAGUUUUGAUAUUCUCUAAAUUCCAGUGAAAUGAGCUUUUUUCAUCCUCAGGUUGCAAAUGAAGAUGUAUAACAGCUUCUCUGGGUCGCCAUUUAAAAGAAGAAAGCGAGCGUUGAAAUCUGGUCCGAGUAUGACGGUCAAACACUACUAAAUUGGAAGACUGCAUGACAAGUCUAGCCAAAGAGAAAAAAAUAUAUAUUCUUCAACCAUCAGCUAGAAGCUGUCUUUCAACGAAGUUCGAAAUUUAUCUUUAACAGAAGACGUCAAAAACAACUGUUAUUAACUGUGUAGUUACGUUAGAAAUGAACUCAUCUCCCGCUGCUAACACCACGUACUUGUUGGUCUUUUGACUGGCGUUACCAUGCUGCGUGGGCAAAUUGUCGGCGUUAAUCCUUUACACCCUAACAUCAGUGUCUAUAUUCUCCAUACUAUUCCUAUAUAUUUCCUUUGGGGCUUAUAAGGAGAAUUUUGUGAAUAAUCAAAGCUUAUUAAGUUGGCUAUCAUUUCCUUAAUGAACGGUUCAGGAGUAUCACAGUAAAGAGAAAAAGGAUGCUGAUCACUGUUAGGGUUUAAGGGCUAAGACUGUCAGUCGAAAAUUAAUCCAAUCUGCUCAUAUAAAAUAAGCUCUCUAACCAAUAACAAUACUUUAUAAUGAACUUGCUACAAAACUAGGACCGGGGAGAUUUUUAGAAAUAACUGUUUCCAAGCGAAAUAUGUAUAUAAAAUGAAUUCAAAUUAACUACGUUCACACAAAAUGGAAGAAAUGACUUUUCUAGCCGAGACGGCACACGUCAAGCUUAGAAGGAGACGCAAAUAUCAGUAUCUAAGCAUGUACGCACCUACCCCUCCCCUCCCCUACCCAACAGCAGUCAACUGAUAACAAGUUGGGAAAAAUGUUAGGUUAGGGGAGGGACUGGUGUGUAGUUGCUCAGAUACUGUCAUAGGCCUUAACUGAGUGCUUUCAAGGAUAUUUGGUUUGGGAAUAACUCGAUACCAUGAUUCUUUUCGACCCCUGGUUAAAAAUGAAAAUUGAACUGAUCUUUAUUUUCUAAGGGAAAUCAGACAUUUUGAAUAGAACUCUAGCUUUAUAUUAUACAUAGAUGUAAAUAUUUAAGUUAAAUGUGCAUAUCGAUGAUCUACAGUAUUUGAACUAAACUGAUAAACAUAUUCCGAAAAUUUGGCGAAGUUUGAAAUUCCCCGUUAGGGAUAUUUUACAUGAGUAUGGGAUGUAAACGUGUGUUUUUCUUUUUUCCUUUUUUUUCUAAAUGA